AUGAAGAAUGAAGAUAAAGGAGGGAUGAAUAGUUACUUGCCAGAUUUGGAUAAAGAUAAAAAUGAAAUUUAUAAAAAUGUGACAAAUAUAAGAGGAAAUAAAAUGGCAAAUACAACAAACGAUUAUAAAACUAAAUAUAUAGAAAAUAAUAUGAAUGAUAAUGAAGAAACAACAAGAGUAUCAAUAAAAAAUUUAUAUCAUAAAUUUAAUAAAACUCGAAAUAUACUAAUUGAAAAUGAAGAAGAAUCAAAAAUGUAUAAAAAUAAUAUAAAUAAAAAUAUCUCAAAUAAUGAAAGGUUUUUAACAGAUGUGAAUUUUAAUUAUGCAUCAAAUAAAACACAAAAAAGUAUAAAUUCUGAACAUUUUUUUGAAAAAAACAAAGUAUAUCAAUAUGAUGAUAAUAAAAUCAAAAAAGGAAACAAAAGUAGUAAUUAUGAUCAAAAUAAAAACAUUAGGAAUGGUAAAAUAAAUCAAAAAACAACCAUAAUGGAUUAUUUCCAACCAAAUUAUCGAUACAAAAGUGAUACCAAAUGUAAAUCUCAAUUGGAAAAUCAAUCAGAAAAAAAUAAAAACCAAUUCACUACCCAAUUUCAAAAAUAUAAAGAGGUGAACAAAAAUGGCAUAGCCAUGUGCAGCAAUGAAAUGCGUUCAUACGAUGUGGGCGAAAAUGGCGAAAAUGGCGAAAAUGGCGAAAAUGGCGAAAAUGGCGAAAAUGGCGAAAAUUGCGAACAUGGCGAACAUGGCGAACAUGGCGAAAAUUGGGAAAAACUAGAUGAAGAUCGGUCUUGUGAUAAAAAAAAAUAUAACAUAAUAGAUGAACGGAAUGGAAAUGUAGAAUGUAAUAGUAACAGUCUUAAACAUAUGAGUAUCGAAAAUAUAAAAAAAAUUUUAAGAUCAAAUAAAGCAGAUACACUAAAAAUAUUAUUAUGUACAGAUAACCAUUUAGGAUAUAAAGAAAAUAAUCCAAUACAAAAAAAAGAUACUUUUAAUACAUUUGAAGAAAUUUUAUUUAUUGCAAAAAAAUUAAAUGUUGACAUGAUUUUAAAUAGUGGUGAUUUGUUUCACAAAAAUAAAGUUUCAGAAUAUACUCUUUUUAAAACUAUGUCUAUAAUAAGAAAAUAUUGCCAUGUGCAUAAUACAAAAGAUGAUGAAAGGUAUCAAAAUGCCAACUUAAAUAUGAACCAUCUUAAUGUGAACCAUCUUAAUGUGAACCAUCUUAAUAUGAACCAUCCUAAUAUGAACCAUCUUAAUAUUCAGCAAAAGCCAGAUAUUUCGUCAUAUUCUGAAUCGCAGAUGCAUGCAUCUGAAUAUAGUACUCUUCUUAAUGAAGUGACAAAUUAUCGUUAUGAUUUUUAUGAGGGAGAUGAAAAUGUGUCUAAUACAUUUUUUGAGUGUGAGGAAAAAGAAAAAUCUCAAAGAUGUCAAAAAAAUGAAAUAAAAGAAAUGAGAGAAACAGAAAGAUUCCAAUCAAAUUUAGAUGAAAAUUAUGAUGAAAUUAAAAAAAAUAUACAAUAUAAAACAGAUAAUGAAAUAACAAAUAAAUCAUAUAAAGAAGAAUAUAAUAAAGAAAUGAAAAUACAUCCAGUAAAUGAAAAAUUUGAAAAAUCAAUUCCAUUUUAUACAAUACAUGGAAAUCAUGAUUACCCAUAUAGUUAUGAUUAUAUAUGCCCAUUAGACAUUUUAAAUAUUUCAAAUUUAAUAAAUUAUAUAGGUAAAAAUAAUAUGGAAAAAUUAAUAAUAAAACCAAUACUACUUAAUAAAAAAGGAACACAUAUAUCUAUAUAUGCAAUUGGUUGGAUAAAAGAUGAAAGAUUAUAUAAUUAUUUUGAAAAUAAAAAUAUAAAAUUUAUAAUACCAGAAGAUUAUAAAAAUCGAAUAAAUAUUUUACUUUUACAUCAAAAUAGAUACAUGAGGAAUACAAAUUCUAAUAAUUCUAAAAAUUAUAUUAAAGAAUCUUUUAUUCCUAGUUUUAUAGAUUUGGUUAUUUGGGGACAUGAACAUAAUUCAAAACCACAAUUAGAAGAAAGCUUAUUUCACACUUUUUAUAAUUUACAAUUAGGGUCAUCAGUUCGUACUUCUUUAUGUAUUAAUGAAUAUGGUGAUAAAUAUAUAGGUUUAUUAGAAGUUAAAAAUGAAAGAUUUCGAUUUUUAAAAAUAAAUUUAGAAACAGUUAGACCAUUUGAAUUAAAAGAAAUAAAAUUAGCAAAUUAUGAUUUGAAUUUUAACGAUGAAUAUGUUCUUAAACAAUUUUUACAUGAUCAAACAAAUUUAAUAUUAGACAAAAUUCGAAAACAACUUUUAAAUAAAAUUAAAAAUUAUUAUCUUUUUAAAAAAAUAUUUUUUCCAUCUUUAUUUGAAAAAGAAAAAAAUGAUAAAAUAAAUUCAGGAACUAUCAAUUUAGAAGAAGAAAAUAUUAUUCUUAGUAUCACUGAUAAAUGUGUAAAUGAUUUUUUUGCAAAAUUACAAAAUGAUGAUUUUUAUAGUACUAGUUUUAUUCAUUUAGCUUUUUUUUCAGAAGAAUAUGAUACAUUUAAUUUGCUAAAAAUUAAAAAAAAUGUUUAUAAUAAACCUCUUAUAAAAAUAAAGAUAGAAUAUAAUGAAAUAAAUAUAAUAAAUACUCAAUUAUUUGGUUGUGAAUUUAUUGAUAAAAUAACAAAUCCAUCUGAAUUCUUAUCUUUUUAUAAAAAAAAAACAAAAUUAAAAGAUUUACAAGAUAAUGAAACAUAUACAAAUGGUAGUAAUAAUAAUAAUGAUAAAAUAGAUGCAGAAGAUAAAGAAAAUAUGAAUAUGGAAUAUAUUAAUGAAUAUAAUAAAGUAUUUGAUAUAUUGUUCGAUUAUUGUGAUAUUAAAAAUGAUUUAUUAAUUUUAAAUCAAAAAAUAAUAAUGGAUACAAUACAAAAUGUAAUAAUAAAUACAAACCCAUCAUUUGGUUCUGAUGGAAAUGUUAAUUCAAAUUAUAAUUCAUUAGAAAUUAUGGCAGAAAAAAUAUCUGAUGAAAAAAUUAAAACAAUAAUGAAUAAGUUAAAAGAUAUUCCUGUGGAUCAUAUUACUAAUGAUUAUAUAGAAACAGUUGGAAAAUCUAUAAAUUCUACAAUUUCAGAAAUGAAUAAAUAA